UCACCGGAAAAAUAACUGAAAUCAAUGUAAUGUAGUUCGUUUUAAGGAUUGUCUUUUGCGAAUAAGAGAAUGUUAUCUCGGAGUUAUCUCAUCUUUAUUGUUUGUAAUAUAAUGAAUAUACCAAAUAAUGCAGCAAAGAUCAUGUUCACGUUAUAGGUUUAAUCACUUUGAGACACUGCGGGGCUUUUGAUAAGCGCCAUCUUUGUUCGGGGCAAAGAUGCCGAAAAGUUGUUCUGCAUAUAAUUGCACAAAUAGGUACAAUAACAAAAAUCCCGAAAUCACGUUCCACAGUGGUUUGGGCAACCGUAAAAAUCUAUUGUGGAACGCAGUGCCAACUCUCUUUGCAGUCCCAGCUCGGGAUACAAAGCAAAAUAAUUGUAGGAAGAGGCUGAAGAGAGCUUUAAAGGCUGCUGCUGAUAAAUGGGAUGACACCGCACCUGACAGGACGCCUCUUUUCACUGAGGAAACUCAAACUGAGGAGAUGCAUGAGGAUGCUCAACACUCUCACGGCACUGAAGAGGCUUACUGUCAAACCACAAAAGAUUUAGCUGCCACAGACCACACCUAUGCACUUUGGGAUCCAUGUACGACAAAAGCCCGUUUGUUUAAUGUUUUAGAUGCUAACAGCUGGCUGCAGAAAAGGCUGCAGACCAAAUGCAGAUUGAUAAAAAGAAUGAAACUCAAACUGCUAGAUGCUCAAAGAGAACUUCUGACUUUGCGUCGACAGCUCAGAUAUAGACAUACAUAUCGUCAAAGAAAUUCACAGCUCCUAGUAUAAUGGGGAAGUGGCUCCACAACCUAGUCAAGCAGUAACGAAGACCUCGGGUUGCACAAACAUCUUUGAACUUUAAAGAAGCCAGAACUUUUGGUAAUUUCUUGAAAAGCAGCAAAAGUGACAAUUUUUUUUCGUUAAUUGGACAGAUACGUCCAAUUAAAACUUAAAUUUACUGUGCUUUGGUUUUGACUUGUGUGAAAGAUUUUCUGCCCAAAGAAUUUUUAGAACAUUUCUAGAAUAAAUGGUAACAUUUUACAGUAAGGUCCCUUUUGUUAAUCUUUGUUAACAUUAGUUAGGAAUAAAAAAAAAAAUUGAUGGUACAUGCAAGUUCAGACUUAUGAUUUUAAUAAUGCAUUAGUGAAUGUUGAAAUGAGCAUUAACUAGUUAACUGCUUUUACACAG